AUGGCCAAUUAUAUCAUACGAUCAGCUGUGCCCGGAGACUGUAAAGACAUUCUGCGACUCAUAAAGGAACUGGCAAAAUAUGAAGAAAUGGAAAACCAAGUAGUGUUAACUGAGAAAGAUCUUUUAGAAGAUGGCUUUGGAGAACAUCCUUUCUACCACUGUCUUGUUGCUGAAGUACCAAAAGAGCACCAGACUACCGAUGGUUACACCAUUGUUGGGUUUGCUAUGUACUACUUCACAUAUGACCCAUGGAUAGGCAAGCUUCUGUACCUGGAAGACUUCUUUGUCAUGAAUGAGCUCAGAGGAUCAGGCAUCGGGUCAGAUAUAUUCAAGCACUUGAGUCAGAUUGCCGUGAAGUGUCGUUGUAGCAGCAUGCACUUCCUGGUGGCCGAAUGGAAUGAGCCGUCGAUCAGGUUCUAUAAGAGACGUGGAGCAUCAGACCUGUCCACUGAAGAAGGCUGGCGCCUCUUUAAAAUUGACAAAGAGUACCUGUGCAAGAUGGCAGCUGAGGAGUGA